AUGUAAACAAAAAAUUCAUUCGACAUUGCCCCUGCAGAAACAAUGCUGUUAAAAGACUCGUAAUAAAAGAAAUAGGUUCGUUUCAGAUAGGCUUUGGUCGCCGGUCUGAUUCUGGCUGCUGUUUUAAGUCUUACAAUAGUCUUCGUACCUAAAGGUGAGAGUGUUCCAACUUACACUUUAAAUUAGAGAAGUUCAUAUUAUUCUUAAGAUUAAUUAUGUGUAUAUUAAGUUUCAACAGGCUCAACAAACUGCACUCAAAUUGCUGCAAACACAACUACUGUAACUGUGGAUUCUAACCAAUAAAACACCACUCAUAUGAUAAUCUUGGAAGGAGUAUAAGUAACUUAGAAUACAACCUAUUCAAAUGGAACAGUCGUUCAUGACAACUUGUUCGAUGCCAAUUUGAACAUUUCCUCAGAAUUAUCGAGAAAUUUGCGUCUACUUCAACUUUAAGCUGAUGGAUGUUAUGGACCAUGUUAUGACGAAAUGCCUGUCGUCACCUUUGUAACUGAUAAUUAAAAUGGUUAAGUUAUUGAUAUUGGUGUACCAUAAUCAUUAAAUGGUUUAAUGUUGUAAACUUUAAUCGCAACCGUAUAACAUUUAGGGCCAAAUGUAUAAGGAACAGAAGUUGAUUAAGACUCAAUUGUUAACCCAUACAUUGUUGGAAAAUACGAAUUUGUUGCAACAAGAGACGUUGAAACAAGCUGGUUCGGAAAUACCAAGGUCACCAAAUAAGUAACUCAAGAUGAUUGUUUGAAUGAAAACUUUUUAAUUGGAGAUCAAUUCUCUUAGAAUUAGACCACAACCUUAAGCAGAUAGAAUCAAAUUGUUUCAUCCUCAAUUUCAGUUAACAUUGUUAUGGAUCACUCUGUACAACCUGAAGGUGCUGAUGUUGAAUACUCCUAUAAAACCAUAGUGUCAGAUGAAUCCAAUUUGGUUUUAAGUAACUCACAAAUUGACGUCCAAUUUACAUAACUUCUCUAAGAAAUUAGAUCAAAGCAAAACAUUCAAACUUACUCCUUGACAACAAUUUAAGAUAGACUCAUUAAGAACAAAUAGAAGAGAUCAUUGAACAUGUAUGAGAUGAAACAAAAGGCUGAUAAACACAGAUUACUUAUCUCAGAAUCACUUCCAAACAAUUCUUUACAUUGUCCAUCAAAUGGUUUAAUCAAUUUCUAAAAGACUGUUCUUACCUUCUCAGUAAAGGGAACUAAAUUAUAAUUAGAUUUAGCACUUAAAGGAACAGCAGGUAAUGGCAUUGCUGAUUUGAAUGUCAAAUUCUGUGUUGCUAUGGAAGGAAUGUGUUUGUUUGAAAUUAUUAAUUCAAACUUAAAUUAUACUGGAUAACCAUUCAGAGAUAUCGAACUUAAUGGUAUGUAAAAUAUCUCAUUGUUCGAAACCGAGUUGGUAGUCUAAGGAUUUACAGUCGGAGUUGGAGCUGAUUUCAGUUACGGAUUCCUCGUUUAAUAAAAUGUCGAAUAAAAUGCAACUGUCUUUGCAGUCCAAGAUACCUUCAUUGUUCCAGUCUUAUUGACAGUUUAUGGAGAAUCCUCAAUCCCAGAUUUGGUUGCUGUUAGAACAGCUGUUGUUGCUGACAUCUUCACAGGAAAUGUGACAAGCAAUGUUGCCUUUGGAUAUAAUCAAAAGAUCCAAUCAAUUAACACAAAUGCAUACACUUUGAACUUGAACCUAGAUAUGGAAGAAUUCAGAGCUAUCGUUAUUGCCUAAUACCAACAUAGUGAAUUAUCAACCAAGCAAAAAUGCAAGAGACACUUGGGAUUCUUUAAGGUUUGUUAUCCAGUUCCUAUCGCCGGAUUAUUAGGAGAUUGGUAAAACCUUUAUUACAACAAUUGGGGAUUCCCAGUUUUAGUUUAGAACUUUACAUUGUAUGGUGUCUAAUCAGAUUGUUUCAUGAAAAAUGAAUGA